AUGAAGUCCAUAAGUGUGUUUGGUGGGAACGGGUUCCUGGGAAGAGCGAUUUGUAAAGAGGCCAUACAAAGAGGAUGGACGGUGAACUCUGUCUCCAGAAGUGGAAAACCGGUGCAAUCAAACGAACCUUGGGUGGAGAAGGUCAAUUGGGUCAAAGGAGAUGUAUUUCAACCCAAGACUUACGAAAGUGUGUUGAAGACUUCGGACGCAGUCGUUCAUUCGCUGGGAUUGAUAUGGGAGAACCAGGAUUACAAGAAGCUGAUCAACCUUGAGUCCAGCGGAGCAAGUAACCCUCUGAAGACCUUGGCUCAAGCAUUUCAAGUUUUUACAAGUUCGAAAGGAUCAAAUCCCAUGGAGAAGGAAGUUUUUAACACCUACGACGGUCUGAACCACCAGAGUGCAAUAGUAUUGGCAGAGGCUGUUGCAGAAAACCUAUCUGAUGAAUGGCCAAAGAGUUUCCCAUUCGUUUACAUAAGCGCAGAUUUCAAGUCUCCAUCGCCAGCAGAAUACCUCAAGUCAAAACAGAUCACAGAAAUAGAGCUUUACGAAAUGCAGCCCCAGCUGAGACCUAUCUUCAUGAGACCAGGUUUCAUGUAUGACGAAAACAACCCUCGCAAUAUGAGGCACGAUGUUAAGAAGAUUCUGGAGCUAAUUGGAAAAAUCGAUACGAAGAACUUGAUCGGGCUACCACAAACCGUGUCCAUACAAAAGGUUGCCCGAAGCAUAUUGGACCAUGUUGCAGAGCAAGGCUUUGUAGGUCCUGUGAAUAUGGAUCAAAUGCAGUAA